AACGCGACGUGAAGAAAUACCAAAUCGCGACACACAGCAUCUGCCAGACCGGAUACUGGGGAUAUGUAUUAACAUGCCUCCAUUCCUGCCUCGAAAGCGUCUGCGAUCGCCGACGCCUGAGCCAGGACCUUCGCGGCCUGCUCCAGCCAAAAGCAAGGGCAAAGGCAAAGCCGUGACAACCACCCCCAGGAAGCCUACGCUCUUUGAUGACCUGGACGCCGGAACGGGCACCAGGCGCUCUGCGGAACAUGGCAAAGCUAUGCUGGAAAAACUGGCUGCUACGAGUGACGACGAGAGCUCGCUUUCCUCACUGUCUGACGAGGAAUUUGAAGAUGUGCCGAAUGCAAAACGACAGAAGAUCUCUGCGGCAGAGGAAGACGAUGAUGAGGAUGAAGACAUAGAAUUUGAGGAUGUGGAUACGAACGUUGCCCCUGGAGCAUCUGCGAAUAUUUCUACGGGUGAUCUGGAGUUGACGUUGACGAAGGAUACAAGGAUUUCCAUUACAAAUCCAUUUGGGACGAAGAAGGGACCAAGCAAGAUCGAGAGGGGCAUUAGAGUUGACACGCAUAAGAUGCACGUCCAGUUUUUAAUGUGGCACAAUGCCGUUCGGAACGGAUGGUGCUGUGAUAAAGAAGUGCAAGAGAUUCUAGUCAAGCAGUUGCCCAAAACUCUACUGGAAGCAGUUGAGAAGUGGAAACGAGAUAGCGGAUUGGAAGUAAAGGAGGAUAGAGAGGAUGGAAUCCCUAAGGGAAAAGGGAAAGGCAAGGGCAAGACGAAGGAUACGAAGACUACGAAGGGAGAGCAGGCAAAUUCGAGACGUCAGAGUGAUUGGGCUGCAUCAGCACGGCCUACAGCUGAGGGGCAAGUCAAUAUGAGUGCUGGCGAUCCAUUAUUCAAUCUGCUCGAGAAGCUCAGGAGAUAUUGGAAAAGUCAGUUUCGGAUCACGGCUCCGGGUCUGAGAAAGUUGGGAUACAUGUCUCUGCAACGGUUAGACAAGGCAUCCAAGACUUUUAAAGAGAACUACGAUCCGGAACGGCAUGGCGAACGGAUAAGAAAUAUCAAAGAGUUCCGGGCAUGUGCUCAGAUUAUGGAGGGCAGUCGGGAUGUCGGCGCACAGCUGUUCACUGCUCUGCUACGAGUUCUUGGUCUAGAAACGAGACUGGUUGCAAGUCUUCAACCUGCAGGCUUUGGUUGGAGUGCAAGCGAGGAAGCCUCAAAAAGUAAUCCUCGAAGAUUAAAGAAGUCAAAUGCAGCUGAUGAUUCUUCUGAUGAAGAGACGAGCGCUGAGGAGGAGGAAGUACAGCCUUUACCGCAGCCUAUAUCGAAGCCAGCAAAGAAGGCCAAAGCUCCAACCAAAUCCAAAGCCAAGACUAUUCCUAAGCCAUUAGAUUUAGAUGAAGAGGCGAGUUUUGUCGAGGAAGAAGAAGCACCGGUCCCUAAGUCAGUGAGAAAGGGCAAAACUGCGGGCAAAUCUGCUUCGAAACCUUCUAGACGUACUUCGAGGGGAAAUGGUCUCAAGAAUGCCCCAAUAGACUUAUCUGACUCUGAAGCCGCUGUUGAUGAGGAAGAUGAUGAUUCUGUGAUUGACAUCACGCCUGCGAAGCAAGUCCGUGCAACCUCAUUAUCUUAUGAUAAGGAUCUUCCAUUCCCUCAUUACUGGAGCGAGGUUUUAUCUCCUGUGACGAAUACAUAUACGCCAGUCGAUGCGGUUGUUCUACAUCUUGUGGGAACUGGCAGAGAGACCAUUGAGAAAUUUGAGACCAGAGGAGUGGCAGCGGAUAAAGGGAAACAGGUCACGGCAUACAUCAUUGGUCACUCUUCUGAUGGUACUGCCAAAGAUGUCACAACUCGGUACUUGAAGAAACAUGUAUGGCCAGGUCGAACCAAGGGAUAUAGAUAUCCUGCCGAGAAGAUAGCUAUACGCAAUCGACACGGCAAGAUCAAGCGAUAUGAGGAAUACGACUGGUUCAAAACUGUUAUGAGCAGCUAUGUCCGUGGCACAAGAAAGUGUCCUCGUACAGAUAUCGACGAUUAUGAAGAAGCUACUGACCUCAAGCGUGUAAAGCCAGAAAAGAAAGAGGUCGAAGAAGGCAAAGAGACUUUGCAAUACUACAAAUCCUCUCCUGAAUUUGUCCUCGAAAGACAUUUCAAGAGAGAAGAAGCUUUGGUGCCUACUGCAAAACACGUCAAGAUGUUCACAAUCAAGGGCAAGGGUGAAGUCACGACUGAUGAGAAGGUUUACUUGAGAAAAGAUGUUGUCAAUUGCAAGAGUAUCGAGACUUGGCACAAAGAAGGUCGGGCUCCCAAAGAUGGCGAAGAACCGCUGAAGCGUGUUCCCUAUCGAGCUGCAACGACCAACCGCAGACGUGAGCUUGCCGAAGCCGAGAAUGCCAGUGGUGAGAAGGUACUCCAGGGCUUGUAUAGCUGGGACCAAACGGAUUGGAUCAUUCCUCCACCGAUUGAGAAUGGUAUCAUUCCAAAGAACAACUUUGGCAACAUCGAUCUUUACGUCGACAGUAUGCUCCCCGAAGGAGCUGUACACUUACCCAUGCGAGGUACUGUCAAAAUCUGUAAGCGUCUAGGUAUCGAUUAUGCCGAAGCAGUCACUGGUUUCGAGUUCGGUCACAGGAUGGCUGUUCCUGUCAUCACAGGAGUCGUAGUAGCUGAAGAGCACUACGAGACUAUGAUGGACGAGUGGCACAAAGACGAGGCAGAACGAGUCAGAAAAGAAGACGAGAAGCGUCGCAAGGCAGCUCUUGGCCUGUGGAGAAAGAUGCUGAUGGGUCUUCGUAUCAUUGAGAGGUUCAAAGAGGAGCGUGGUGAUGGCGAUGAUGACACAGAUGUACUCAAUCCCUUCGCGAAUAAGAAGAAGAGGACAGAAGACGCCGAGGCAGAAGCUCAGAAGAAGAUCAUGGAUCAGCGUGAUGAGGAAAUGGCUGGCGGCUUCCUGCCAGAAGGAUUCGAGACUGAAGAACCUGAAGAGCGUCAUCCGUCCUUCUUCCCAGUUGUUCAAGAGCAUGAUGAUGAGGAGGAGGAAGGCGGAGGGUUUGUGGUCGAAGGCCAUGAUGAACCUUCGACGACAGGCAAUGCUCAGGCAUAUGCUACACCGCAGUCACUAGAACCUAUCACGAAGAAUGGCGUAGCUGAUGCUUCUGAAGAAGAUGUUGAAAUGCAGGAUCCAGAAUCCGAAGUCGAAGCUCCUGCACCGAAGAAACGCGGUAGACCUCCUGGGUCUUCAGCAGCGAAGCCUAAAGCUAAAACGCCUGCCAAGCGAGUACCGAAGCCAAAGACACCAACAUCGAAGAAAGCCUCCAAGAGCAAAUCGAGAAUCCAGGACAGCGAGCAAGAUGACGAUGACGAGUCCACUCUCUCAGAUUUAGACUCAGAAAUUGAAGAGCCUCCCAAGAAAACACCGGCCAAACGAGCUUCAGGUCGACAAGCUAGGACUACAGUAGACAGCUUAAGGAAGACUCUGAAGAGAGGUGCGGCGAGGAAGAGUGAGACUGCUUUGCGAAGUCAUUACUUCGAGCACAGUGACGAGGAAAUGGAUGAUGAGUAGAUGAUUGCGUUGUUUUAGUAGGGAUUAGGGGCGGUGGCUUGAGCUUGGCGUUUGUGGAUGUCUGAAUUUAGGACGGAUCCGGACAUCUAGAUGGGAUUUCAAGAGCAUGUCGUAUAGUACUUCGCCAGUGGCUGUUUGUACAAAGUGUACAGUGCAUGAGUAUUUGAUAUUCCAAGCUGUGAUUUAUUGAUGUCUUAAAGUGAGAAACAUUUCAAUCUCCUUGCUGUUGCGGAAUUUAUAAGUCCAG